AUGGCUGAAUCAGACGAAGAGUGAUGGAAAGAAGAGUUCUUAGCGAACAUUGAAAAAUGCAAACAAAUGGCAGUACUUUUAGUAGUCAUUGAAAAUUCAAUGAAAUUUAUAUCUGCAUUUAUUAUGGACAAAUCUUUUAUUUUUAGCUAUACAAGUAUUUUGAUGACAAUUGUCACUUUUUUAAUAGCCUGCCACCUAAAUAAAACAAAUAUAAAGUGCAAUAACUUUAACGUGCUUUGUGCAAUUGUAUUCACUGAACUAUUUAACUCAGCUCUAUUUAUAGUUGGAAAUAAAUUUGACAAAGAUUCAAAAAGUAUUCUUUUUAUGGAGUCGACACUAAUUACAGUUUUAUUUGAAUCUUCUUUUAUAAAUUCGUUAUUCUUUGUCAACCUAGCCCUAAUAAAGAAUAUCAUGCUAUGAUAUGGAGCCUCAAUGCUGUUUGGAAGCGACGGGAUAAGCUCUCUAAUUCAAAUAAUUGCUUUUAUAAGCUGCCUCACCAUUCAUACCACUAAAGAAUAUCAAGUAAGGAGAACAACCUUUGAGCGCUAUUCUUAUAGAAAAAAGCUAGAAAAAUCUGAAAAGCGGCUGGGAACUAUAUUAAAUGUUAUUCCUGACGGCUUAGCUAUUUUUAGCUCGCAACUUGUUCCAGAAUUAAUAAACGAAAAAAUGAAAGACUAUUUAAAUUGCGAUAAUGAAAAUUUUAUUGAAAAAUUGAUUGGGCUAAGGUAUGUAAAAAAUAAGAAAUUUCAAAAUAUUAAUCCAGACUCUGACAGUUUAAUUGAAGAUCUUAAAUUAUAUAAUAAUUUGAACCUCAGUGGAGAAUUGAUAUUGGGGAUAGUUAAAGAAAGCGAUCUCAGCUUACAAUGAAAAAUAAAAAGAAUUACGGUCGAAGAUGAAGAAAUUAUCCUUGUUACAGCCUCUAACUCAGGACAGUUAAUUGAGCUUGAACAGAGAGAAACAGAGGACAAGGUCAAAAAGUUUAUGCUGAGAACUAUUUCUCACGAGCUUCGAACUCCUAUUUCUGCUAUUAUUUCUUUUGCAAAUCAGAUUUAUGAGCAGACUGAUGAUUCUUCACAAGUCAGGAAAAAUGUGCAACAUAUAAGAACAUCUGCACGAAUUCUGAUGUAUUUUAUUAAUGAUAUAUUAGACUAUAUGCAAUUAAUGAAAGGAAUGUUCAGUCUCAGACAGCAAGAAUUCAAUAUACGAGACAAAAUUAUUGAGUGUUGCGAUUUAUUUGAACUAACUGCAUUACGCAAAGGAAUCGAGUUGAAAACUCGGAUAGACCCUCAAAUUCCUGAGAUUAUUUAUAAUCCAUUAUAUUAACUUGCAUAUUAAGUAAAAAAAGGACCUCAUAAGCAGAUAUAAAAUUUUGAUGGUUUUUCAGGCAUAUUCGACAUAAUAUGGCAUACAAUGAUCCUGAAAGGAUAUGCCAAGUUUUAAUUAAUUUUUUAAGUAACGCUACAAAGUAACCUUUAUGCAGAUUUACCAACAAAGGGCGAAUCGAAGUUUGUGUGACUUUAUCAGAGGAUGAUAGGCUGAAAUUUAGCAUAAGCGACACUGGGAUUGGGAUACCAGAAGAAAGAUUUAACCAAAUUUUUAAGCUGUUUAAUAGCUACGAUACUGAUGAGAUGGCCAGUCAUGGUAGUGGGCUGGGGCUGCACUUGUCAAGUCUUCUAGUCCGAGAACUUGGAGGAGGCGAUAUUUAUCUUCACUCAGUGCAGGGAAGAGGCACUGUUUUUUCCUUUAAAGUUAACUUCGCAGCAGAAACAAGACAGAGCUUUUCUGCUAUUGACUGUUCAGAAGAAAUACUUGAGCCUGUAAUGAGGCUAAAAAGCUUUAUCAGCUGUGAGUCAUGCGAGUAUCCACAAGUGUUGAUAGUAGAUGAUACUGAUUGAAACAGAGAAAUAUUAGCUGCAGUAUUAGAUAAACUAAAAAUACAUUACUUAGAAGCCGUUAAUGGCAAAAAAGCGCUCAAAUUAGUGAUGAAGCAAGAUGCCAAAAUGAAUCCUUUUAAGCUUGUCUUCAUGGACUGCAGCAUGCCAGUAAUGGAUGGAUGAGAGUCUACUAAAAGAAUCAAGCAGCUUCAUGAAGAAGGCAAGCUAAGCCUGAUACCUGCUAUUGUCGGAUAUACUGCGUAUACCUCAGAAAAAGAUGUUAUAAUGUGCUAUGAAUCUGGAAUGGUUUCUUAUAUUGCAAAACCUGCUUCCAUAGAUACAAUACGUAGAGUAUUAAGCCAAUAUCUAAGGCUCUAA